UGUCCCUAACCUCAACUUCAAGGUUUUCUUGGGGCUUCCUACCCACUAACCCCAGAUAGCGUUUCUCCGACGAUUCGUGUUCGUGCGUAGAAACUCUAGGCUUUUGGAAAGCCAGCGACGGUGGCGUUAGGACGAAGGCGUCCCGCUUGCGUGAACUUUGGCGUAAUCUCAAUAUUCUAGAACGAUCAAUAGAGGAAGUAUUGGCCCUUGGAGCGACAAGCUUUCUGGGCCCUGGAGGUGUCUACGAAAGACGAAUUCGUAGAUACAUCGCAUUUUCAUCCCUUACGUUCGUUGUUGAUAACCAUCAAGAGGACCACCGUUAAUAUCACAAGACCUACAGUAGCGGAGCAGGAUGAUCAUCCCCGUUCGGUGCUUCACGUGUGGCAAGGUGAUCGGAAACAAGUGGGACAUGUACCUUGAUCUGCUCCAAGCAGACUACAGCGAGGGUGAUGCUCUGGAUGCGCUGGGACUUGUACGCUACUGCUGCCGGCGCAUGCUCAUGACUCAUGUGGACCUGAUAGAGAAGCUGCUCAACUACAACACUCUGGAGAGGUUGGACGCUUGAGAGAGCACUAGACCCCUUAGUUUUAGUUUGGCAGUUUAUUUUUGCUUGUAAUGGCAGGAGAGGUACAUAUAUAGUGAAACUAAUAAUUUCUCUUGUGAUCCGUUUUAUUCUUCACUUCAAUGUCAAUUACCCGCAAAUGCCAUACCAUUAGAUGGUGUAGUAUCUUUCCAGUUCUGCAUUGCAGCGUGAGCGCGCCUAACCUCGAUUUUCCGAAUCCCGCAACCUCGAUUAUUGCGGGAGCUCAUCCUUGCACUCACUCAUCCUUUCAGGCUCGACGAUGUUUUACUUGCUGGCUUGCCUAGGUAAUAUACCUGGCUCCUGCUUCCUAGGCACGGAAUUCGUGGUUUUCUGGGACAGCGGAAGUAAGUAAGGAAGUCUGCAGGCGGUAAAUCCGCAUUCUCUACACGUCAGGGUCCCGCCGUUUUGUCAGUUGCACCGCAUAAGUGGCAGGACUGUCGAGGUUGUUCAGCUUACUCUCUUUUCUGGGAGUUAGCCGAAUCUGUAACGGAUUCAUGUUCCAGAACUGACUAGAACGGAAUUUAUACUCCACAACUGAGUUCUAUCUGGGCCUUCUCAGAAAUUCAUCCCGUGUCGAUCUUGAUUGGAGCUCUGCUUGGUGAUAGACUCAUCCCUAGGCUGAUCUUGAUAAUAGCUUCUUCUAGGUGAUCUCGAACCCGAGCGAACGCUUAUCACCGUUGUUCUAGCUUCUACUAGUUGUUCGUUGGCGCGAGUGACGGACGAAAACUGUCAGGAUGCCGGGCGAGAUUGUAACGCUACAGGUCGGGCAGUGUGGUAACCAGGUGGCGAGCGAAUUCUGGCGACAGCUGUGCUUGGAGCACGGUAUCGGGCUCGAUGGCAACUUGCAAGACUUCGCGACUCAGGGCGGCGAUCGCAAGGACGUGUUCUUCUAUCAGGCGGACGACCAGCACUACAUCCCGCGCUCCGUACUAUUGGAUCUAGAACCCCGUGUAGUUAAGGGCAUCCAGGCGGGCGAGUUCCGGUCGCUGUUCAACGCGGAGAACGUGUACGUGGCGGAGCACGGGGGGGGCGCGGGGAACAACUGGGCGAGCGGAUUCGACCAGGCGCGCGCGCAGCAGGAGGAGAUCAUGGAGAUGAUCGAUAGAGAGGCCGAGGGGAGCGAGAAUCUGGAAGCAUUCUACCUUUGUCACUCAGUUGCUGGAGGGACAGGGUCAGGCAUGGGCUCGUAUCUCCUAGAGGAGUUGCACGACCGCUACCCCAAGAAGCUCGUCCAGACGUACAGCGUCUUCCCGAACCAAUCAGAGACGUCUGACGUGGUGGUCCAGCCGUACAACUCGCUGCUGACGCUGCGGCGGCUGACCCAGCACGCUGACAGCGUGGUGGUUCUGGACAACACGGCCCUCGAUAGGAUUGCAGCGGAGAGGCUGCGCCUGCCCCAGCCAACGUUUGCAGAGACGAACUCGCUGGUGGCCAUGGUGAUGGCGGCGAGCACGAAUACCAUCCGGUACCCGGGCUUCAUGAGCAACGACCUCACGUCGCUGGUGUCGUCCCUGGUGCCCACGCCGUUGUGCCACUUCCUGGUGUCCAGCUACACGCCUCUGACCGUGCAGAGACAGGAGAAUGUCAUUCGGAAGACGUCGGUCUUUGACGUCAUGAGGAG